AUGAAAAUGAGAUGUUUUUUUCCAAGCAGACUGCGGAAGAAGCAUUUUAUUUCUUCUUUAUCGUCGCUGCUGGUGAUCUGUGCCUUGCUGCUGCUCUGCCUAAAGGUCACAGUUAAAAACAGUGUUACUAUUGAACAGUACGGGACUACUGCAGGCUACGAUGACGUCGAGCCUCCCCACCGCUACAACAUUGACUGCAAUGCCAUCUACAACAUGGAUCCGGCCGAGGUGGGGAAGUCGCUGGUCAUCAGAAAACAAGGGGGGGUGUGGGUGCAGGAUGAGAACUUGAUCAACCUGACCUCUAACUGCCCGCGCUACCUCCGCUCCCGGGGCUAUGGGGCCGUCCAGGUGUCCGAAGAGGAGCAGGCCUUCCCACUGGCUUACUCCCUGGUGGUCCACAAAUCUGCUUCCAUGGUGGACAAGAUCCUCCGGGCCGUCUACACCCCCAACAAUAUCUACUGUAUCCACUACGACCUGAAGUCAUCAGAACUGUUCAAAGAGGCCAUGGAGGGUCUGGCCCGCUGUCUGCCCAACGUCUUUAUCGCCUCUAAGCUGGAGACAGUGAUGUACGCCAGCAUUAGCCGCCUCAAAGCCGACCUUAACUGCCUGUCUGACCUCAUGGGGUCAGAGGUCAAGUGGAGGUAUGUCAUCAACCUGUGCGGUCAGGACUUUCCCUUGCGCUCCAACAUAGAGCUGGUGGCCGACCUGAAGAAGCUCCAGGGGGGUAAUAUGAUGGAGACGAGUCGUCCAAGCAAAUACAAGAAGCAGCGUUUCUCCUUCCACCACAAGCUGCAGGACGCCGCCUUCGAGUACAUCCAGAUGCCGGUGAAAACCGACAAGGCCAAGGAGCCUCCCCCACACGGCAUCCAGAUGUUCAUCGGCAGUGCCUACUUCGUGCUCUCGCGGGAGUUUGUAGUGUACGUGAACACGUCUACAUUGGCCAGGGAUUUCCUGGUGUGGUCGAACGACACCUACUCCCCAGACGAACACUUCUGGGCCACUCUGACACGGGUGCCGGGCGUGCCGGGCGAGGUGCCCCGGGCCCAGGCCGACGUCACAGACCUAAUGAGCAAGACCAGGCUGGUGAAGUGGAGUUACCUGGAGGGACCGCUUUACCCAACAUGCACAGGGAAACAUGUCCGCAGUGUGUGUAUCUAUGGGGCUGCGGAGCUGAACUGGCUCAUGAACUACGGCAGCUGGUUCGCCAAUAAGGUGGACCCCAAAGUUGACCCAGUCCUUAUCCAGUGUCUGGAGGAGAAAUUACAGGAGAAACAGAGACUCUUGGUCAAGGCUAAGAAGUCACAACCAAAGACUUCCUCCUCUGGAAAAUGUUAAAUGAAUGGAUGAAUGAUUGAUUGAUUAAUAAUUGCUUGAUUCAUGUUGGAAUAUGAACUACUGUAAUUACAGCACCAUUUUAGUAUUUAAAAAAAAUACAUGUGUGAGUUGAUUAUGUCAGAUUAACUUAAUUGAGGUGUGCUUUAUGGUACUAAUGAAAGAUGAAGUGGAAUGCUGGAUGAGAGACUCUGUCAGGUCUCUGGGUUAGAGUUAAACUAUUGUUUUGCAACUUGAUACUUGACGUGGGGAAUGUUUGUCAUAGCCUGACUUGAAUGUAAUAUGGAUCAGGGUAACAUAACCAGGGUAUAACCUCUGCUCACAGGGUGAAAGCCUGUGACAACCAGGGUAUAAUGACUAUGUAUAUUUAACUAAUACGCACUGGGCACAAACUGGUUGAGUCAAAUCAAAAUC